GAAACCAAAGUAACAGGCACAAUUACAAACAACCGAUUUCAAUGGGGAACAGAUUAAUUGAUGUUCGUUAACCAAUUUCAAGAUUUCAAAUCCCCACUCUGAAAAAUAAUCAAAUAUAUUAUGCAGCAGUCUAUAAACUACCACACCUCAUCAUCAGUACACAUGCUCCCAUUACUCAGACGAACAUCAUCAUCCUUAAUUUCAUCCCUAAUCUCGUCAUCAUCGCCAUCUUCAAUCCCCCAUUCUCUCUCUAGACUCAUCAUCAUGGAAUCUUCCUCGGUCAACGAUUUCGGGCCUUCCAGAAAACUCAUGGCCCUAGCCCAACAACUUCGCCUCUACAAACCCCCGCCGCCAUCUAACGACGACGAUGAGGAGGAGGGUAAAAGGAUCGAGGAGAGUGCGGGGAAAGUUGUUUCGCAAGUGGGCUUCGCCGAAUCUGCAACUCCGGUUGCCCAUGAACCGGCUGACCGGUUCAAACCCAAAAGAGCUGCGGUUCUCGUCUGCCUUUUCGAAGGGGAUGGUGGAGAAUUCAGAGUUAUUCUCACCAAGAGAUCUUCAUUUCUCUCUACUCAUUCCGGUGAAGUUUCAUUGCCUGGUGGGAAAGCAGAGGAGACAGAUGCAAAUGAUGCUGAAACAGCAACAAGAGAAGCAAAGGAGGAGAUCGGGUUGGAUCCUUCACUCGUAAAUGUCGUAACUUGCCUCGAACCCUUCUUGUCGAAGCAUCUUCUGAGGGUGAUUCCUGUUAUUGGCAUACUUUCGAACAAGAAAGACUUUAAGCCUUGUCCGAAUCCCGACGAAGUCGAAUCGAUAUUUGAUGCCCCCUUGGAAAUGUUUCUCAAGGAUGAAAAUCGAAGAUGGGAAGAGAGAGAGUGGAUGGGAGAUAAGUAUGUGAUCCACUUCUUCGACUACGAAAUGGAGGACAAAGAAUACGUGAUCUGGGGUUUAACUGCCGGAAUUUUGAUCAGAGCAGCUUCAAUUGUUUAUCAGAAGCCACCUGCUUUUCUUGAGCAAAACCCCAAAUUCAAAGUCCCUAGUACUGCUGUCCUCAAAGAUAACAAUUUCAUGCCUUGAUUUUAUUUUCCAUAUUAUUUAAUUUGUCAAUAUUAACUUUAUACAAUAAUAAUAAUAAAAAAUUGUCAC